AGGACAACAGCCUCCUCCUCUGCUGUUGCCAUGGCCUCGGCCAAGGCAAAAAGGACUUCGUUCCUCCUGCUCUUGCUGCACAUCUUCCCUGCGACCCUUUUCGAAAUUCAGAAAGACUGCAUCGUUUCUUCCCAAAUAGCGGAGAGCGAUAUCCUGUUCGACACCCUGGAAUUCCUGGCCCUUAUACCCGACGAACCGACAAGGAUUCGCGCUCGCAUCUCCUGCGCCGACGACAAGUACCAUUACAUCGAAUGGAAUUCUCAAACGAUAAAGGCGAAGACGACGAGCACUUACGGCCCUUACGCCGCUCCCGACAACAGCAGCGGCUGGAUGAGGUUCACGCUUGGCUAUAUGGGAAAUCUGACGCUCCUCGACGGCAGACGUCAGCCCUGGCUUCCAGGCAACAUUAGCUUCGAGUGUCCCGUGUACAAAGUGGAGCUUUCGGGAAGCAGUUUCGUUCGGAUGUGUCCCACAAACACGCCCGUGUGGAAGGUGGAAGGCAAGGACGGUGUCGAUAUUCCUCUGCAAGUGAACGACGAAACGCCAGAGAAUCUUACGCUGUUCUCCACGACCACCUUCCGAGCCGUCUUCAGUGUUGACGAUUCAGAAUUCCACUUGGGGAUGAGCGGAGAGAGUUUGAUGACAGGGAGACACCACGGGCCUCUGCUUGGGGGCAUCAGCCAUCGCCUUGUCUUGAAAACAUACAAGGAAAACGGCAGUACGAUGUUCCAGGUGCUCAGUGCUGGUCUUCCCAUACACACGGAGAGUCUCAAACAAGUUCCAAAGAGAAUGCGUGUUCAGAGUCAGGACGGCCGCAGAUUUGUUCUGGUACAGACAUGGUACACUAGAAAGGCAGGAGAACCUCAUUCUAACGCUAAGAAACAAUGCAAAGAACAGAAGUACAUCUGGUUGUUGCUGUCUAUGCUGAUCAGUGUCACGAUGUCCUUCGUGAUUCUGCUGGUCCAGCACUGCAGGCUCUUCCGCUCGCACAAGCAGUGUGGUUCCCCAAACACCGUGCUUUACCAGCCGUCUCUCCUGAACGCGGCCUCGAUGGAUCACAGCCACCCAGCCACAAUGACCCCUGCUGGUCCGAGGACACCCAACCUCCGGGUCGGGCACUUCGUCUCCGCCUCGAAUACUUCUCGCUUUCCGCCCCACUCUCCUCUGUUUCCUCCCCACGCUUCUCUUUCCCUUCAUCACCCCAGCUCCCAGGAGGAAGUCUAUUACGAGAUGACGCCAUUGGUAGCGGCCGCACCUCCUCCGAAGUCCUUUGAUAUGGAACCGACUAACUGUAUGGAAACCAUCAACGAUGUUUACCAAAGUGCCGACUACUCGCAGUAACCUUUCCCCUUUUUACACAUUCUGUCUUCUUCUCGUGGGGCCUUCCAACGGUUUGCCUUGUGUUUUCAUCUCAUAUUUGUUUGUCUGAUGAAUGUCAUUGACUUCUCAGCUAUUGCUCUUAUAAUCCCUCCUGCGCUUAUUCUAUUUUCUUUUAUCUUCACUUAUUCUUAGCACUUA